AUGGCGGACUGGCUUCACUUGCGGAAAGUGUCAGAGUACAUUGCAGUUGGCAGUGGAAAAGUGUACCGGCAGUUGUCAUAUUCAUUCGGUGACUUGGGAUCGAUCGUAUAUACUGUGCGCAACCAGAUAGUUUUGAAAUGUGAUGGGCACGUGGAGAAGGUGAUCAACCCCGGGAGAUAUCCAAAUUACACUCCAAUUCUUCUUCAUGCUGUGGAACUAUGGUAUCAUGAUCCACAAGUUACAACACCAGUUCUUAAAUUGUUUGCAGAAUUGGUGCAAAAUAGAUCACAAAGACUUCAAUUUGAUGUCUCUUCACCAAAUGGUAUUCUCCUUUUCCGAGAAGCCAGCAAAGUAAUUUGCAGUUAUGGAAGUCAUAUAUUAAAUGUGGAAGUACCAAAAGAUCAAAUAUACCCAAUGAAGUUGAAAGGCAUAUCAAUAUGUUUUUCAAUGUUAAAAGCUGCUUUGUGUGGAAGUUAUGUAAAUUUUGGAGUAUUCAGGCUUUAUGGAGAUGAAGCUCUUGACAAUGCAUUGAACACGUUUGUCAAAUUAUUGUUGUCAAUACCACAGUCUGAUCUUCUGGACUACCCAAAAUUGUCACAGACAUAUUAUGUACUUCUGGAGUGCCUGGCACAAGAUCAUAUGAGUUUUCUCUCUACAUUAGAACCGAGAGUGUUUCUGUACAUCCUUUCUUCGAUCUCUGAAGGACUUACAGCUUUAGGUGUGAACCUCAAUUACUUCACAGAUACAAUGGUGUGUACAGGGUGCUGUGCAACAUUGGAUCAUAUUGUGACUUACUUGUUUAAGCAGCUAACACAGAAAGGGAAGAAAACUCGAAGAGGAGUUCCCACAGCUAGUGAUAUGUUCCUACAAGUGCUUGAACUGCAUCCUGAAAUUUUGCAGCAAAUACUUAGCACAGUUCUAAAUGUGAUAAUGUUUGAAGAUUGUAGGAAUCAAUGGUCAAUGUCCAGGCCAUUGCUUGGUCUUAUUCUUUUAAAUGAAGAGUAUUUUAACCAGUUGCGUGAAAAUAUUAUUCGAAGUCAGCCUCCAGAUAAACAGGCAGCUAUGUUGCAGUGGUUUGAUAAUUUAAUGGAGGGUAUAGAGAGGAACUUGCUCACAAAAAACCGUGACAGGUUUACACAAAAUCUUUCAAUGUUCCGGCGAGAUAUAAAUGACUCAUUGAAGGGUCCUAAUAUGACAGCAGCAUCUGUGAGUGACAUGAUGACAUCGUAGUGAUGGAUUUGUCAUCCUAGUUGCUAUAAACAAUUAUGAGAGGUGGUGUGUCGUAGGGAUGCCAAUCAAUUCCGAGGCCAUUUUUAUCUGGCUUAUACAGUACUCCUUUUUUCAUUUAUAGCAUUUACAGUUGAUUUUUACAAGUUUUGGGAAGAGGACUGCAUUUUUUGUGGUGAUAGAAUUCUAAAAGUGUUGUUUGUGGUUCACUAUUAUUAAACAAACCAUAACAGCUCUGAAAUUAGUUUCCAGUAAAAGGCAUCUCUACUGGCAUGUAGGAAUGAACCAGUAAUGGAACUGCUGAAAAAAUUGACAUUCUGCAAGUGGAAGAGUGAAAAAUAUGCAAGAUGGGAAGCACCAGCUUUAUUAGUGUAUCUCUCAUCAGGACUGAGUAGGUAUCAUGUUAUGCUGCAGUGAGUGCUUGGGAGGUGUAAUUGCAACCUGAGCUUGAAUGAAAAUGUGUGAAUGCUGUACGGUUGGACAAAGAAAACUCAGUGCUCCUGUGAUUCAUUACGACAAAGUCUUAAAUUUUAUCGUAAAUUCUAGAAGAUUGGUAAUGUUAUUAGUGUAUUCUGUAUGUAAGUGAGCAACAAGAGUAUCGUAUUAUGUGACAUUUGUUAUUUCUAUAGCUUGUUCCCAAAAUAAAGGACUUGCAAUAAUAAUAUUUUGUUGCUGAUUAUGUGGAGCAGUGGGACUGAUAGACUUUUUGAUCAAGGUUGCAAAAACAAAACAGGCAAUGCCUUUCACAAAAUUACAUAUUGUAAAAAUUAAUGAAUUCAUAUACUUAAGUGUGGUUUCUCAGGGCAUGUGUGAAAUGUCUGUGAAUCAUUCGUUUCUGAUAUAAAACAACUUGUAUUACCGAAAUCAAUGCACAAAAUCAUUUGACAAUUUUUUUUAAACAAAAGAUAUUUUUUGAUGAAUUAUUCAAGAAUUAUGCUUUAGCUUCUUGCUUAUCUUUAUAUGGUGUUUCUGGAUAAAUUUUGUAGUUUUCUUAUUCAAGGUUAUUAAGUUUGAUAUAAUCUACCAUCCUUGUUCAAAUCAGUUUCACUAGGGAUGUACAUUGAUAUUGCUUGUUAAGACUACAUGAUCUAAAAAUGAAGUUUGAAGUUACUUUUUCUCAAUUUUAAACAAGAUUGCCAUAACAAAAUUGGUCUGAACAAUGGAUUGGUGGUGCACUGAUUACUUCUAUUCAUACAACUGGGAAACCCAGAAUGGAAUAGCUUUAAGUUUCAAAAAAAAACUGCUUUUCUGGUGUGCCAGUUCAAGUUAGUCAGCUGGGCAUUGUUCAGAGAAUCACAGGACACAUCCUUGAUUCUCUUGCUCAGUCUUUAUUUUAGACAGCUUUGUAUAUAUGUACCUGAUAGGAAUGUGCACUUCUCCUGACCAUCAUGACAGGAUGCAUACAAGGUAAAAAAUAAAAAGAAUUCUUUUUAACCCAUUUUGUUUUUAAUAAACAGAAAUG